AUGGAUGUUACUUCUUUCUCCACUGUACAACCCAGAUUCUGUUACUCAUCCUCUGUUCCAGAAUCGUCUCGAUUUAGAGGAGUCAAAGUUCACUUACGGGACCAAUCUCUUGUUCCUGCUCAAUUGAGCAUACAAAGAACAAGAAGAAGAACACCUCGUAAUUUGGUUUCGUGUAGUCAGAAGAGAGAUGUCACUGUCGUUGAUGGAAGUUGUAUGGAUGAGAUAUAUGAUAAGUUGGCGGAGCGUCUUGUUCCUACAUCAGCAGCAAUGUUCAGCCCCAAUGUUAAACGUUUGGUUGGUUUGGCGGGUCCUCCUGGUGCCGGGAAAAGCACGUUAGCAUAUGAACUUGUACAUCGUAUAAAUAGGUUGUGGCCUCAGAAAGCUGCUUCUUUUGAUGCUGAGGUUAAGCCUCCUGAUGUUGCUACUGUGCUUCCUAUGGAUGGCUUCCACUUGUAUCGUUCCCAGCUUGAUGCCAUGGAGGAUCCCAAAGAAGCCCAUGCGAGAAGAGGAGCUCCAUGGACUUUUAAUCCUGCAUUGUUGCUCAACUGUUUAAAGAAGCUGAGAGACGAGGGCUCAGUUUAUGUGCCAUCAUUCGAUCAUGGAGUUGGAGAUCCAGUUGAAGACGAUAUCUUUGUUAGCCUCCAGCAUAAAGUGGUGAUUGUAGAGGGAAACUAUUUGCUGUUAGAAGAAGGAACUUGGAAAGACAUCUCUAAUAUGUUUGAUGAGAAGUGGUUCAUUGAUGUCAAUCUCGACACAGCCAUGCAACGUGUUGAAGCCCGACAUAUCUCAACCGGUAUGCACACAGUUUUCUUUUUGAUUCUUCAAAGACUUUCUGUGACCAUAUGUUUUGUUUUAUUCGUUAUAGGUAAACCACUGGACGUUGCUAAAUGGCGGAUUGAUUAUAACGACAGGCCUAACGCAGAGCUGAUAGUCAAGUCAAAGACGAAUGCGGAUGUACUAAUCAGAUCCAUCAGUUUUUGA